UUUUCGGAAAACCAAAAACCCCUGCCCCUCUGAAGGCUUCACUGAUGACUCUCCGACCGUUCAACGGCUACGCCAGCACCCUUCUGAGCCUCCUCCAGUUUGAGACCACGCCGGCGGCUUUCUAAGCGCUCUCCGGACCGCGAAGAACCUGGUCGAAGAGGUGACUUUCUCUCUCUCUCUCUCUCUCGGUUGAAGGCUGCCGGUCGGAAAUCAGUCCGGUCGGCUGCCUUUGCCUCUCUCACCGAUCGGCAGUCUUUCCGUUACGCUAGGGAGGGUUUUAUCGUGCCGCCCUUCUCCUUUUAAAGAAAACAGACAAGAGUUUGAGAAAGCGAGAAGGGGAGAGGUGAAGAAAGAAACAGGGAGAACGAGGGGAGAAGAGACGAGGAGUGAGAGAUAGAGGAGAAGAGGGACGGUAGUGGAGGGUUGGAAUACAUCAGACUAUGUCAUACUACAGAGAUUGACUUGUUAAGAAAUCAGAUAUUUGAGAAUUGAGUUAGAACUCAGUGAACAGAGGCUGUUAUAUUUGAAGGCAAGCGGUUAUAAUGAGAAGACAAAUUAUUAGAAUGCUAAUAAAACUUUUCAGCAAGUCUCUAUGGUGACUGUAAGGGCUGCAUGAGGGAGGUUACCACUAAUAUCCCGCAAGGGGCAUGGCCCGCGGGAGGCGAUGAAUGAGUCUUUUUUCAACUCUCCAAAAGUAGCGCGAUGAGUGAGUUUUUUUCAACUCUCCAGAAGUUUGAAAAUGUCCUAAACAGCCUUUCUGAAAAACUUACUGGCGUAACACUUUCGCUCUGCCUCUUUUUGCUGCAAUCCUGCAACAAGAGCCAUCUGCUGGCAGCCGUUAGAGGGAUCUUUUUCGUUUUUUUUUUCCUACUUUUUUAUCAAUUUUAUACUCGGCCUGAAUCCCUUUACCCGUUGCGGCCGGCCCCUUCCCCGGUGAGUGAAAGGACGGACUCCCUCGCCUCAGCACACCCUGGUUGUCGAUUCUCUUUGGACUGCAUCAGACCCAUCUUGAGUCCCAUUGCUGUAUGCCACCACGUCAGCCGCAACUGACCACUCACUGGGGGGAAGGUCAAUCUCCGCUGCCUUGAUGUCGACGCCUUAUUCUCAUGCUAGCAAGGUUAUGACCACGUAGAAAUAGAAGAGAACAAGAGACCCAAACUUGCAGAGGAUGCCAGAAAUAAUAGACCUUGAUGAGCACUCGUCACUCUUUGGUGCUCCCCUCUCUCGUCUACACCUGCAAGAGGAUGAAGAGAUUGAAGAAGGUGAAAACAAAGAAUUUGAAGGAGGAGAAGAUGAGGAGGAAGAAGAACAAGAAAGUGAUCUUCCUGUUACUUUAGGUUUUGUGGAGAAGCCGAAGAACCCAAUCUCUCUUCUCCGCCAAUUCUUCCCAUGCAAGGCUGGGGGUGCUCCGGCAUGGUUGGAUCCAAUUAAUUUACCAUAUGGGAAUGCUACUCUUUGUGGCUUCUGUGGGGUGCCUCUUCAGUUUUUGAUUCAGGUUUAUGCUCCAAUUUCAGAGAAAGAAUCGACCUUUCAUCGGUCUUUAUUCGUGUUCAUGUGCACUUCCAUGGAGUGCCUUAGGAAAGACCAGGCUACGCAAAGAAGAGGGGAGGUUGGAGUACAAUCACGAAGAAGUGUGAAGGUUUUUCGAUGCCAACUACCACGGGCAAAUCCCUUCUACUCCAAUGAACCACCAAGAUAUGAUGGCAAAGAUGCACCACUUAGUGGUGGAGCUGCACUUUGUUAUUGGUGUACAACAUGGAAAGGAGAGAAGAUUUGUGGCUCUUGUAGAAAAGCACGCUAUUGCUCUGAAAAGCAUCAGGUUUUGCAUUGGCGUGCUGGACACAAAAUUGAAUGCCGUCAGAUAAGCACUGCUUCACAAGCUUCUCAUCCUGCUGGUGCACAAGCCAAGCUUUCUCCACGAAUUCCUAAUGAAGCUGCUAAUUCUUCCUUAUGGGAAGAAUAUGAAAUUGUCAAUGAUGAUGAAUCCACAUAUGAUGAAGUGGAUAAAAAGGAGGAAAACUACGAGUCUUCAUUGGUUACAAUAGGCAAUACAACUGAACAUCUAACGUCAUUGUUGGACAAGUUUGAGGGAGAUGAAGAUAAAAAACAUUGGGCUUCUUUCCAAGAGCGCAUUGCAAGGGCCCCUGACCAGGUUAUAAGGUACUGCAGAGAUGUAAAAGCAGAACCACUGUGGCCUGGUGUUAGUGGUCAGCCCUCUAAAGCUGAUGUUCCUAAUUGCAGCUUUUGUCAUAGUCCUCGAUAUUUUGAGUUCCAGGUUCUGUCACAGCUGCUUUACUAUUUCCAAGUGAGCAAUGACUCAGAUUCUCUAGAUUGGGCCACAAUUGCUGUAUACACCUGUGCUGCUUCUUGUGAAGCAAGCACCAGCUACUGUGAGGAGUUUGCUUGGGUUCAGUUAUGUUCAUAAAAUUGCUUUUAUUAAUGCUCCACCUGCAAUGCUGAGGAUCGCCAGUUUUGGUAGCAGGUAUGCUUUUGGGGAAGAGUGUAUAUGAAUAUCGCGUGAAUAGGUUUCGAUCUCA